UAUCUCCUCUGAUGUGAGAAUUACGGUUGGGUGAUUCAGUUGAGAAGCUAGCCUUGAAAUGGCAACGUAUUUCUAUGAUACGUUACAAGCGCCGAGUAAGACACUCGUGGUGAUUUUUGAUUAUAUUUCACCAAGGGUUGGGGAAUUGACGGUGAAAGCCGGGGAGGAAGUGCAGGUUAUUGAAAGGAUUGAACAUUGGGUUAAAGCGAAGUCUAAAGAUGGAAAGAUUGGAAUGUUACCGUUGGCUUAUCUCAGGAAACCGGAUAGUAUAGAAGCAAUUCCUUGGUAUUUCCCGGAGUUAUCCAGAACAGAGGCCAUUGAAUUACUCCUUAAGGAACCACCAGGUACAUAUUUAGUCAGACCAUCAUCAAGUCAAGAGAAAGAGUUGGCUCUUUCAAUACGAACAAAUCUAAGAGAGAAACCUGUUGCUCAAUAUAAAAUUUGUUACCAUGAAACAAAGGGUUUCUUUAUCCAUACAAAUAUUACAGAUUUGUCUAUUAGGAGGUUAAUGAGUUACUAUCAAAAUGAUGAUGAAAAUAAGUUAAAUCUUGUCCAUCGCCUUCAAAGGAUAUGCCCGAAAUCCACCCCGAGGAUCUUCCAACUUGCCCCUCGUAACCAACCCAUUGAACCCAUGGAGAUCAAACUUUUGAGAAAAAUAGGCGAAGGGAAUUUUGGUUUUGUUCAUCUGGGUCUCUACAGACAAUUCAAAAUAGCUGUUAAGGAAUUACGAGAUCAAGAACCUGACAGCUGGGCCAAAGAAUUAGCUCCUCUCAGGGAGCUUCACCAUCCCAACGUGGUCACAUGUUACGGAUACAUAGAAUCCCACGAAUGGAUUAUUUUUGAAUACGUCGACCAUUGUUUAGAACAUCAGUUAAAAAACAACGCUUAUACUGAUAAUCAACUAUUAGCAAUCGCAACACAGGUUGCUCGUGGAAUGGCCUAUAUCCACGAGAAGAACUACAUCCAUCGGGAUCUUGCCGCACGCAAUGUUUUGGUAACCAUGGAUAAAGUAGCAAAAAUCUCUGAUUUUGGCUUAAGUCGGAAGCUUAAAUCAAAUAAGGGAAUCUAUAAAACAGAAAGCCAAGUAACACCUAUCCAAUGGGAAGCACUGGAGAGUCUAACCAAAAGUGUUUAUAACAUGUCCACGGAUGUAUGGAUGUUUGCCGCGUUGUUGUUUGAGAUCUACACCAAAGGAAUGGCGCCCUUCAAUAAUGUAGGACCUAAUAAACCAACACUUAUCAAAAUAUUAACGGAGGGAUCACGCCUGCCACAACCUAAAAACAUGCCUGGGAAGAUUUAUCAGUUGCAGAUGGAUUGCAUGCAUGAAAAACCCAAGAAACGCCCAACUUUCAAACAGAUCCUACAAUGUUUACUUAAAUUUGAAUGAAUUUCUAUCAUUCUCGUAUGUUUGCGAAUCGUAAAUAUAUUCUAAGAUUAGCA